UCGUAAACUAACGAAGAAGAACAAAGAGAAGUUCACCCGAAACCUCGCUGAAGGUCAGUUGCCCGAACCACAAAAACCAAUCUCUAGUUUCUUGAGUUGAUUGAGCGAGAAUGGCAUCAUCAACCUCGAUAGAAACGGCGCCGUCUUCUUCUAGCCAAACAACAGCACCAGAGCGAAGAGGAAUACCAGGAGCACAGUUUGUGGAAGAUGUACAAACUUAUCUCUCUCAAUUGGGUCUCGAUGUCAACUCUGCUCUUGCCUUUCUCCAAGAAAGACUUCAGCAAUACAAGUUGGUUGAGAUGAAACUUCUGGCUCAACAAAGGGAUCUUCAGGCAAAGAUCCCUGAUAUCGAGAAGUGCUUAGAUGUAGUUGCAACUUUGCAAGCUAAGAAGAGUAGUGGCGAGGAUCUUGUUGCUGAUUUUGAAGUGUCUGAAGGCAUAUAUUCACGUGCUCGCAUUCAGGAUACUGAUUCAGUAUGUUUAUGGCUAGGAGCAAAUGUCAUGUUAGAAUAUUCAUAUGAAGAGGCUACAUCUCUUCUGCAGAAGAAUCUAGAUAAUGCUAGGGCAAGUUUAGAGGUUCUUAUUGCCGAUUUGCAAUUCUUGAGGGAUCAAGUUACUAUCACUCAGGUCACCAUUGCUCGUGUUUAUAAUUGGGAUGUUCAUCAGCGUAGGGUUCGACAAGCUACUACCUUGGUUAAAGAUUCAUGAGAUAAAAAUCUCAUUACACCCAUAUUUUCGUGGCAUAAUUUUACUGGUUGAGAAUUCAUUCCCAUCCUCUCUUGUUGCAUUCGGGUGACUGGCUUGUCUUUGUAUUUUGGGUUGAUUUAGAUUAUACUUUCUUGGUUAUCUCCACAUCAACUUUUAAGUUGCAUAUUUUUUAGAGUGUCCUUGUGCAAAAAUUUAGCAUUUUAUUUGUUCAAUUACAUGUGGUUUAUGUGUAUUUGAAUUCACAGUUACUUUGACAUAGACAUGUUGGGGGGUGAUUUGUAGUUUAAAUAUCAAAGUUAUAAAUUUGAAAAUGUUGGGGCCCAAA